CGAGUCGUGAAAAUACAAAUCACAACAACUCAGUUGGCUUGUUUAUAAAAACUUUUAACCUCACACUCCUCAACUGCACAAGUUAUCACGUAAGCUCACACGAACUCUGUAUACAUAUACUACACAGAGAGAGAGAGAGGGAGAGGGACGGAGUUUCUGUAGGUUGGAGUAGAAAUGGCGGGCGUGGGUCACGGUAACUCCGGCGGGCAAUUGCCUGAUUUCUCGGCUGUUCCGGCUCACGGAGGUCAGUUCAUGCAGUACAACAUAUUUGGAAAUCUAUUUGAGGUCACGGCCAAGUAUGGGCCUCCGAUCAUGCCAAUAGGUCGCGGCGCAUACGGUAUCGUCUGCUCGUUGAUGAACACGGAGACGCAGGAGAUGGUAGCGAUUAAGAGGAUAGUGAACGCUUUCGAUAAUCACAUGGAUGCUAAGCGCACGCUUCGCGAGAUUAAGCUGCUUCUACAUUUUGAUCACGAAAAUGUUUUAGCUAUACGAGAUGUGAUUCCUCCACCUUUGCGGAGAGAAUUCACUGAUGUCUACAUUGUCAUGGAACUCAUGGAUACUGAUCUGCACCAAAUAAUCCAAUCCAAUCAGGGUUUAUCAGAGGAACAUUGUCAGUACUUCCUGUAUCAGCUUCUUCGAGGACUGAAGUACAUACAUUCAGCAAAUGUUAUUCAUAGAGAUUUAAAACCCAGCAAUCUUUUGCUGAAUGCAAAUUGUGAUUUGAAGAUUGGCGAUUUUGGCCUAGCUCGGCAUACUUCUGAGAAUGAUUUCAUGACUGAAUAUGUUGUCACAAGAUGGUAUAGAGCACCUGAGCUGUUGCUCAACUCUUCAGAGUAUACUACUGCAAUAGAUGUGUGGUCUGCAGGUUGCAUCUUUAUGGAACUUAUGAACAGAAAGCCUUUGUUUCCAGGGAAAGAUCAUAUGCACCAGAUGCGCUUACUGACAGAGCUUCUUGGCACACCAACCGAAUCUGACCUUGAAUUUGUUCGGAAUGAGGAAGCAAGAAACUACAUUCGUCGCUUCAAUCCACAUCCUCGACAGCCCUUAGCCACAGUUUUCCAACAUGUUAAUCCGGUGGCUAUUGACCUGGUCGAUAGAAUGUUGACAUUCGAUCCUACUAAAAGGAUUACUGUUGAAGAAGCACUAGCUCAUCCUUAUCUUGCAAGAUUACAUGAUGUAGAAGAUGAACCUGUCUGCCUUGAGCCAUUCUCCUUUGAUUUCGAGAACCAAAACUUGGGAGAAGAGCAGAUGAAGGACAUGAUAUACAAGGAGGCAUUGAGACUAAAUCCAGAAUAUGCGUAAUACAAGUACAAUUUUCAUGCUUUGGUAUACUCGUUAUUAUUUUAGUAGUCUCUAUCAAUCAUAAGUAUUGUUUGAUUAAAAAGAUUCAGAAUCAUGGAAAAUUGGGAGUAGGGUAAUUUCGCUUGUUAGUUCUCUUGAAAUGUUUGUUAAUUUCAAAUUUCUUCUCGAUGUAAUAAUAUAUACAUAUAUAUAUUUUUUAUAGUGAAUCUAACAGUUGCAUUACAAUA